CUGCUGAGUCUCUUGGCAGAAGAUACUUGCACCUCAUCCAAGUGUUAGUGUCUCCUCACUACCUCAUCCCUUUCCCUUCAGCCCUUAAGUUUCAGCCCCUUACAGGUCGCUGAGGCCGUCUCAUCCUUUCAGGAACCCCUGACACGACAUUUUGCCAGAGGCUGGUCCCGGGCAAGUGGCGCCUGGAGCAGGGACUUGAAAGGAAAAAGAAAAGAUGUUGUCCCGGUUAAGAAUAGCUGCUUCCCCAUGCACGCAGGCAUGCCGCCGUCACUUGACCACAAAAGAGAAAGGCAAGCCACUUAUGUUGAACCCCAGAACAAACAAGGGAAUGGCAUUUACAUUACAGGAACGACAAAUGCUUGGUCUUCAAGGACUUCUACCUCCCAAAAUAGAGACACAAGAUAUUCAAGCCUUACGAUUCCAUAGAAAUGUGAAAAAAUUGAAUGGCCCUUUGGAAAAGUACAUCUAUAUAAUGGGAGUACAAGAACGAAAUGAGAAAUUGUUUUAUAGAAUUCUACAAGAUGAUAUCGAAAGUUUAAUGCCCAUUGUGUAUACGCCAACAGUUGGGCUUGCUUGCUCCCAGUAUGGCCACAUCUUUAGAAGACCUAGGGGAUUAUUUAUUUCAAUCUCAGACAGAGGUCAUGUUAGAUCAAUUGUGGAUAACUGGCCAGAAAAUCAUGUUAAGGCUGUUGUGGUGACUGAUGGAGAGAGAAUUCUGGGUCUUGGAGAUCUGGGUGUCUAUGGAAUGGGAAUUCCAGUAGGAAAACUUUGUUUGUACACAGCUUGUGCAGGAAUACGACCUGAUAGAUGCCUGCCUGUUUGUAUUGAUGUAGGAACUGAUAAUCCAGCACUCUUGAAAGAUCCAUUUUACAUGGGCUUAUAUCAGAAAAGAGAUCGCUCACAACGUUAUGAUGAUCUAAUUGAUGAGUUUAUGAAAGCCAUUACUGACAGAUAUGGACAGAACACCCUUAUUCAGUUUGAAGAUUUUGGAAAUCAUAAUGCAUUCAGGUUCUUAAGAAAAUAUCGAGAAAAAUAUUGUACCUUCAAUGAUGAUAUUCAAGGGACAGCUGCAGUAGCUCUAGCAGGACUUCUUGCAGCACAAAAGGUUAUUGGUAAACCGAUAUCAGAACAUAAAAUCUUAUUUCUUGGAGCAGGAGAGGCUGCUCUUGGAAUUGCAAAUCUUAUAGUUAUGGCAAUGGUAGAAAAUGGUGUGUCAGAAGAAGAAGCACAAAAGAAAAUUUGGAUGGUUGACAAGUUUGGUUUAUUAUUUAAGGGGCGGAAGGCUAAAAUUGACAAUCAUCAGGAAGCAUUUGCUCACCCAGCCCCAGAGAACAUACCUGAUACUUUUGAAGAUGCAGUAAAUACACUUAAGCCCUCAGUUAUAAUUGGAGUUGCAGGAGCUGGGCCACUUUUCACCUCUGGUGUACUUAAAGCUAUGGCUGAUAUCAAUGAAAGGCCUAUAAUAUUUGCAUUAAGUAAUCCUACAGCGAAGGCUGAAUGCACAGCUGAGGAAGCAUAUACACUUACAGAGGGAAGGUGUUUAUUUGCCAGUGGCAGUCCAUUUGGGCCAGUGAAACUCAGUGAUGGGCAACUCUUCACACCAGGGCAAGGAAACAAUGUAUAUAUUUUCCCAGGCGUGGCUCUAGCUGUUAUUCUCUGUAACACCCGGCAUAUUAGCGACCAUGUUUUCUUAGAAGCUGCAAAGGCACUCACAAAUCAGUUGACGGAUAAAGAGCUAGCUCAAGGAAGACUUUACCCACCACUUGCUGAUAUUCAGGAAGUUUCUAUUAACAUUGCCAUUAAAGUUGCAGAAUACUUGUAUGCUAAUAAAAUGGCUUUCCGAUACCCAGAACCUGAGGACAAGGCCAAAUUCAUCAGAGAAAGAAUAUGGCGAAGUGAAUAUGAUUCACUGCUGCCAGAUGUAUAUGAAUGGCCAGAAUCUGCAUCCAGCCCUCCACAGAUAACAGAAUAGAAGCACUCCCACUGAAAAAUACCUUCCAUGCUUCAGGGAACCCUUUUUUUCAGGCACAAAGAGAUAAUGUUCUGAAAUGUAUGUUUUCUUUGUUGUAUUCUCAUCGACCACUUUGCUUGACUUAAUUUUUGCCAUUAAUCUACAUGUCUUUAGGGGGUGAAUGUGUUGUUAUUGACCACCAGUACCCUGCAAUCAAAUAACCAUAAUGCUUUGAUUCUGAUUUAUAGCUCAUACCACAGCAAAGAAGUGUUUAAAAUGUAUUUGUGAGUAUCUUCAUUUAUGCUCUUGUUCAUGCCUGCCAAAGUAUUAGCUAUUUACUAUUUUAAGUAGUACUCUUAAGUCACCCAUCAUUUUUAGGGCUACUAAAAUGGAAAUUUACUUCCUGUUGAUAUGUAUACAGGAUUUUAAGAAGCCAGAUUUAACCAAAUUCUAAAGACAAAUUAUCGAUAUCUUAAAAUGCUUUUUUAUAUCUGCUUCAUUUUACCUUCAUGCUCUGAAAUUCCUUUACAAUAGUUGAAUCUAGAGAAGUGUAAAAAAAUCUACCCUAUUUAUUUUCAGGAACUAAAUUGAAACUUAAUUAUAACAUUGUAAGAGAGAAAUUGGAACUACUGCUGCCUUUAGACGAAAUAGUCUCGUUUUCAAUGGUGUAUAAAAAUCAUAGUGUAACUAUUUAAUAAAGGUAAUAUCUUAAAUUUAAGUGCUUCAAUUAUGCUAUUUUAUUACCCAAAUGGAAAAUUAGGUUUGCUUAGUAUGAACAGCGCAUUUCCAUUUUCAUUAUUUGUAGAUGAUCCUAAGGGAAGGGGGUAUGGAAUGCAUAAUGCAUAAAUUAAAUUAUGACUGGCAUCAUGUGACUUAACAAAUUAGUGAUGUGUUUCUCAUCUAAAUGAGUAAUAUUUAACUGGAAAGGCUAUACCCCUAUUUAAUAGGGGUGUUUUUUUAUUACUUGAGAUAAUUUUGGAAUGUUCCUGUAAUUCAUUUCUUUGAAUAUUAUUAGUCGUAGGCAUCUCUUUCUUCAUGGAAGAUGAAUGUAACUUUUUUAAACCACCAGCUACUUGCUAAGUAGGGUUAAAUAAGCAAGGUGUCCAGACCAGGAAAUCCCAUUUUGACCCCAGUAAGAAUGGGUAAUUGGUUAUAAGACCAGUUUUCUUACGUGACUGACAAUACUAGAGAGUUUAAAGGAAAAUACAAAAGCAUUAUGAAAAAUGGUAACAUUGCUAUAUAUUUGCCUAACAUGAUUGCUUUGAGGGAACAAAACUUUGAAAUGUUCAUUCUAGAAUAUUUACUAUAAAAAAUUAUUCAUAGCUACAUGUCAGCAUGCACAUUGUUUGACAACUUUUGCCAAAGUCCAUAUGUUAGAUGUGAUACUCUGUAGAGGAAAAAAGGAACACUCCAUUCAUAGUUAUUCUUCUUUACUUUCACCUUCAUUGAGAGCUCAAUUCUUAAUAAUUUUUGAUACAAUUCAGUACUUUAAGAAUGCUUUAAAUGGCAUUGCCAUUUGGAAUAUAGAAAAGUCAGUUAAUGCAUUUGACAGAUGAGUAAAGUCAGAAGUUGCUAGAUAAGUCUGUUUUGUAAAAUAAGCAACUGGAUCACAACUUGUUAUAUUGAGUUAAAGAUGAACAUUUUCUUUUUCAUAUUACCUUUGUCAAAACAAAACCACCAUCAAAAAUUCUCUGAAAUAUUGACUUUAGUUAGUAAAUCUAAUAAUUGCAAGUUUGCUUUUUUUGCAUAGUGCUUUUUAAAGGCAGGAACAUACACUGAGUUUUAAAGUAAUUUUACUGAGAUGUUUGCUUAUUAAAUGUGUCCAGGACAAUCCUCAUGGAAAUUAAAAAUAUUUUAGGGGAAAAGGCCAAAUGGCAUAUACCCUACUUAUUUAAAUAAAACAAAAAUCUUACAUUUAAAAAAAAAAUCUUACAUUUAUUUUUUAAGCAUCUAUUAUUGUGUUAUUUACCAACAGUAUUUUAACAAGUAACAACUAUUGAAUGCGAAUUAAAAAAUAGUUUAAUAGUCAAGCCAGGAAUGCAGGCAGGAAUUAACAGCAUCAUGGAAGAGGGGUAGCAGCAUAAUGCCAUCAAAUUGGAAAAGAAACUGAAACAUUUGGGCCUUCAUGGAAACUCUUACCUAACAAGAAGUUAAUUAUUUUGAAAAACAUUAUUUUGAAUAGAGAAAAAUUUCUGUAAUUAGUCUGUCAGACGUGAUUUGGUAGGAAAAAGGAUACAAGUCUUUCUCAUCUGGCACCACCGCCUGUAUUAUGAAACAAAUUGCAAACUAGCAAGGAGAGGUUUAUUAACUCUAAUGGGAAGUUUUAAAGACUGCUUCUUACCAGGAAGUUGCCUCAAAAUCACCAUAAAGCUGCUUUAAAGUGCAGGUGCCUGUCUCCCCUCCUUGCAGGCCCCCGAAAGGUGUAUUUUCUGCAGAUCCCUCCUUGAUUCGCAUGCAUACCCUUCCCUGCCUGCCCAAUCUCUGCCUUUAGCAGAAUUCUCAAUCGUCUAGAAAGCUAAUUGACUGCUCUUGCUGAUGCAGUGGGUCUGGACUGUGGCCCAAAAGUCUCAUCUCUGACAAGCUGCCAGAUGCUGGUACAGAGAGUGUCCUGAGUGGCACUGCUUCUGGGUAUGGAGUGUGGUGUGCAAUUUAUGUUCAGUGCACAUGCAGAAUAUGCUUUAUAUGCAAAAGGUAAAUUAGGUUUUUACACGGACUUGGUUUCAUCUUUUUUCUAAGGUAUUAUUGACAAUUUCAGAGAUAGAACCUGAUUUGAUAUUUGUAUAUAUUAGUAACGAUCACCACACUAAGUCAAGUUCAUGACCGUACAGUUACAAUGUUUCAUUUGUUAUGUGUAGUUUUAUAGGAUGUUUAUAAGAACAAAAACUAAUACAGAACUUUUAAACAUUUUUCUAAAGCUACAUUAACUAGAAUAUUGUUCAAUUCUAGAUUUUUAAUGUACUUAUUAUCAAGUAAAACCUAGCAACCAUUUUUCAUUUAUAAAAGAUUAGCUAUCAAAUGGAUAUUUGUUUCUUCCCUGUUGUUGUUGUCUUAUAUGACUGACCCUAUCCUUUGUUCUUUCUUUAAAUUAUCUGUCUCUGCAGAUAAGAUUCUGCUUUGCAAAGGAAUUGCUUAUAUAUUCAUACCAAAGCAUAAUAACUGUUAAGGGAUGUGGAACAUUAGUUACUGCCCUCAGAUAACUGAGAACCCCAAAGGGGAUGGUGGGUAGAAAGCAUUGCCUUAGAGAAAAUGCUUCGUCCAAAUGCUCCUGUAGCUUUUUUCCCAAGUCCAUUCAGUAACCCUGGAUGAUAACAUACUCUUGGGUUCUGUUGAUUUCACCAAAAUGGAAUCCACUCUUAAGCAUACAUAAUACUUGAAAACAUUGAUAAAAAUCUCAAUGCUCUUUACUGGGAUUCCAUUUAGAGAGACAUUUUUAAAGGAUGAAAUAGCACCAAUAUCAUAUUUCCACCUAAAAUAAGAUCACACGGUUCAGAGGCAGGCACCUUGCUGGCUUUGUAGAAAAUAGUGCAGGUUCAUCAUCUAAAACUUUGGCUCCUGACUGAGUUGUGAUUUGGUCUUUCAUGUGCAUCUGAAAGUUAAAAUGAUCUAAAUCCUCUACAGACAAGCUAAAUCAUGUAACAGACUUAGCAUUUAAGAGAUUUAAGAUUAAGAUAUUAAGAUAUUUAAGCUACUUCUAAAACUGUAGGAAACGUCCAUCUCCCCCCGGACCUCCUAACUGUGAAAUCAAGGUAAGAUAUUUUCAUGUGAGGAAAGAUAAGUCUCUGUUUUGUUUUGUUUCCAAUUUUAAUAAAUUCAGUUGGGCCUAAUUAGGACAUGAUUCUUAGCGCUAAAUCCUUACUAGGAGUUAUUCAGAUAAAGUAGUGAUUAGAUUUAAAAAACAAUUGACAUUUUUAUUUAUUUGACAAAAUUGUGCUGUUCCAAGAAAAAAGUCGGGGUCUGAUAAUGCUUAUGUGAUCACAGUAGGUGAAUAGAACAUACAAAUGAAGUCAAAUUAUUUUGGAUGAUUUGUAUCUUUCUGUUACCAAUUUUUUUUUGCCAAUAAAAUGUUUGUCAUAAAGGCUAUUUCAUCUUGGUUUUUUUUCCUAAAUAAAAACUUAAUUUGCCACUACAUUCAGCACAAUUUUUAAAAUUUUAAGACUAAGGGGAAAUUUGUUUUCAUUUUGCUCUUCAGUUUUCAUUAUGCUCUUUUGUGGUCUAGAAAAGUCACUUUCCCUUACUUUCCUCAAUUUAAGUGUAUAAUCUAGCAAAUUGUUGAUUCAUAUAUAGUCAUUGAAUUAUCACCAACACUUUAGCUAUGUACGGUUACCAAGUCAUGAUAAACUAAACUUUAUGAGCACUGCCUACUCUGUGCCAGGUAUUGUUCUAAGCAUCAGCAUACUUAAGCCUCAAACAGGCAGAGAGGUGAUGGGACUUGCCAAAGUCCUCAGCUGGUGAGUGGCAGCUGGUGAGUGGCUGGGGCUCUUCACUGCAGUCCCUCAGCCUCUGUGAUAGAUGAUUUCAUCUGGAUCUUAGACACCUUACCUUCAUGAAUUAUGAAAAUUCUUCACCGUUCUUACAAGAUUGUCUUAAGCCCCUUUUAAUUGCAUUUUACCAGUUCAUCUGGUUUGUACUUUGUUCCCAUUCGUGAUCUAGUAUUUUAAGUGUUGGAUAUAAAGAUAAAAGAUUUGGUUUUGCAUUUGAUAAAUUACACCAAAGAUUCCUUGUAGUCAGCUCACUAACAUCUUUUGUUAAUUUCCACAGAACCACCAACUGUUAUCACUGUGCAAAUCAGUUUUGUUAGUGGUUAUGUAUUUUGUGAAUCUGCUAAUGUUGAUGAAUUUAAAUUGUAAGAUAGAUAUUUUAAUGGUAUCCGUUGUAUUAUAUGCACAUGUAACUUCCAUAAAAAGGUGAGAACAGUUAGAAAGUAGUAAUAUAAAAUUGUAUGUGGUGUAGGGAAUAUCUAUUUUAGUUAAAUAUUUUCAAAGUAAAAUUUCUGCCCAAUGUUUUAUUAUACUUUGCCUGAUAACCUUAAAAAUUAACUGAAACUAAAACUGUUAUUUUUACUAUUGAUAUUUUUGUGUGCCCUUUGAUAACAUCCCCAGCAUUCGUUAUUGACUUCAAGGAAGCCACGUUUCAAAUAUCAUGCUUAAACUCUCACCUUUGUGUUUAAGAUGAGAUGAAUAAUCAUGUGGCAGUUGCUCGUGUGACAACUAGUGUACGGGGACAGUUGUGUAGAGCCCAUUGUGCCAGAUUAUUACUGAUGGUUUCAGCAAUCAGUCUAAAAUCUUCAUGAUGAUUGGGUUUUUUUUCUUUUGUGAUAUUUUAAUUGUGAUGAGAUGUGUGUAUUUUCUUAGUAAAAUUC